AGGAAGGGAGCGGGAACUGCAGCCAAUUCUAGCUCCACCUUUGGCUUGAGCUGGAUCCUUUUUCCUUGCUUCGGACAGCUGAGGCAGUCUCUUCCUGGUCAGGCCCUCUCGUUCUCAGCGUCGGUACUUACCGGAACGUCUGUGCCAGCGUGCAUUCGGACAGUAAGCCACGGUGCGAGCCGGGCACUGUACCAGGUUCUUUACGCGGAUUUUUAUAUAAUUCUCAAAACAACUGUGUGAGAGUCUUCUGGGCCAUUAUGGCAGUCAAGUGGACUGGUGGACAUUCUUCUCCUAUUCUCUGCCUGAAUGCAAGUAAAGAAGGACUAGUGGCUUCUGGAGCAGAGGGUGGAGAUCUCAUCACUUGGGGUGAAGAUGGGACUCUAUUAGGACACACACAGUUCCAAGGGGCUGAUGAUGUUACUAGUGUCUUAUUUUCUCACUCCCGUCCCACCAAGCUCUAUGCCUCACAUGGAGAAACUAUUAGCAUAAUGGAUGUCAGAUUCCUCAAAAGUUCCCUGGACCAUUUUCAUGUGAACGAAGAAGAAAUCAAUUGUCUUUCAUUGAAUGAAACUGAAAACCUGCUGGCUUCUGCUGAUGACUCUGGGGCAAUCAAAAUUCUAGAUUUGGAAAAUAAGAAAGUUAGCAGAUCCCUGAAGAAACAUUCCAAUAUCUGUUCCUCUAUAGCUUUUCGACCUCGGAGGCCUCAGAGCCUGGUGUCAUGUGGACUGGAUAUGCAGGUGAUGCUGUGGAAUCUUCAGAAAGCCCGGCCACUGUGGAUUACAAAUUUACAGGAGGAUGAAACAGAAGAAAUGGAAAGCCCACAAUCACCUGGUCAGCUCUUAAACCCUGCUCUAGCCCACUCUGUCUCUGUGGCAUCGUGUGGUAAUAUUUUUAGUUGUGGUGCAGAAGAUGGUAAGAUUCGAAUCUUUAGGGUGAUGGGAGUCAAGUGUGAACAGGAACUGGGAUUUAAGGGCCACACUUUGGGGGUAUCCCAGGUCUGCUUUCUCCCAGAAUCCUAUUUGCUGCUUACUGGAGGGAAUGAUGGGAAGAUAAUGUUGUGGGACGUGAGCAGUGAAGUUGAGAAAAAACAGAAGAGUCCUGCAAAGCAUACCCACAGGAAGAAAACUAAAAGAGCAACUUAUACCAAGAAGGGUGGAAAUACUAAUGCUUCAGUAGCAGAUGAGGAAGAACAUGGCAGAAUUUCACCAAAGCUAAAUAUUGAACAUGGAGAAAAAGUGAACUGGCUCUUGGGUACAAAAAUAAAGGGGCACCAAAAUAUAUUAGUAGCUGAUCAAACUAGUUGUAUAUCUGUAUAUCUCUUAAAUGAAUUUUAAAUCCAAUAAAAUCAUUUGAAGAACUGUGGCAAAUUUUUUUUUUAGAUUUAAAAAAAUACUGAUUCUUUAUUUAAACUAUUGGUCAUAUGUAGAAUCAUUC